UUGUUUCUACUUCUGGAUUUCUUUAGUGUUGAUUUGUGAAGCCCAUCCAUGUUGCCACACUUUUAUCGAGCUGGAGUUGUGUUGUGCCCACCUGUUAGGUAAGGUUGUGAAGAUGAAUGCCUGCAUUCUAUUGUCUGCCACACUGCUGGGCUGUCUCCUCCUACAGGCUGAAGCACAAGGCACAUGUGAGAAUGUGGCAGCAGCUGAUAUUGUGUUCCUGGUCGACGGCUCUUCUAGUAUUGGUCGUAACAACUUUCAGGAGAUCAAGAAGUUCAUGGAAGGGAUUGUGUCCCCAUUUGAAAAUGCAGUGAGCACCACUGGGGUCCGUUUUGGAGCUGUGCAGUACAGUGAUGACUCCAGGGUUGAGUUCACUCUAACAGCCCACCGGAAUGGCACAGAAGUGAUAUCUGCUGUCCGCAACCUGCAGUACAAAGGAGGGAACACACGUACUGGAGGUGGACUCAAAUACAUCUCAGAUAAUUUUUUUGCCCCAACAGUGACCCGCCGCAAUACCCCCAAGAUUGCUAUUCUUAUCACAGAUGGAAAAUCCCAGGAUGAUGUGCAGUCUCCACUGCAAAAGCUGCGUAGCCAGGAGGUCAAAGUAUUUGCUGUGGGCAUUAAAAACGCAGACCGGAGGGAGCUGGACCUAAUGGCCUCCAAGCCUACAUCAGACUUCUCUUUUUAUGUGAAUGAUUUUAGAAUUCUGAGGACACUGCUGGCUCUAGUGUCCCCACGAGUGUGCACCACCUCUGGUGGGGUCUUCAAGGGUGACACUGAAUCCUUCACUGGUCCAUCAAAUCUGAUUUUCCUGGAUGAGCAGAAUGACUCUGUGCGUGUUCGAUGGACAGCAGCAGGGGGUCCCGUAACCAGUUAUAAAGUCCAAUAUGUGCCUUUGAGUGGCCUGGGACAGAAGAUUACAGCAGAACUGAGAGAGGUGACAGUGGGGGCUGCAGAUACAACAACCAUUCUGCGAGGACUAAAAUCAGCCACUGACUACUCAGUCACUGUCAUUGCUCAGUACCCCAACAGUGUGGGAGAGUCUGUGUCUGGCAGGACCCGCACCAAGUCACUGCCAGGUGUCAAAGAGUUACGGAUUCUGAACACGGGACACUUCUUCUUGGAGCUCUCCUGGGUGCCACCUACACCAUUGCCUCAAGGAUAUCGGAUAACUUAUGGUCCUAGAGGGUUGCCAGAUGGCCAACUCAAAGAAAGAAGACUAAGCCGAAGUGCCACUUCAGUCAGACUGGAUAACCUGCAGCACAACACCGAAUAUGUAGUUACCUUGUACCCGCUGUACCCCCAGAGCACUGCGGUUCCAGUUAUAGUCACAGGAAGAACCUUGAAGCUGGAAGAAGUUCAGCAGCUCUCCACAGAGGCCGUGUCCCAAAAUAGUGUCCGUGUGAAGUGGAGAGGACAGAGUGAAGCCACUGGUUACCGCCUUGUCUGGGGACCAGUCGCAGGAAGGGAUGUUCAGAAGCUGGAUCUUCCCGGUGGCUCGGACUUUCAUGUGAUUAAAAACCUGCAGGUCAAUACUGAAUAUAUCAUCACAGUCCUCCCACUGUACGGGAGCACAGAAGGCCCUCCUGCAACGGCAAGCUUCAAGAUAGAGAGUGAAGAGCCACAGACUCUGAGGACAUAUGCUAUCGGGCCCAGUUCCAUUCGCGUCACUUGGAACCUGAUUAGCACAGCACGUGGGUACCGGCUGGAGUGGAAACAAGCUACAGGUCAAGGCUUUCAGAGUCUCUCGUUUCCAGCAAAUAUAAACCAGUAUGAAAUUACUGGCCUUCAGCCAGGCACCGAAUACACUAUCACCCUGUACACCCUCUACGAUGGACGAGAAGUGGCCACACCGGCCUCUGCCUCUGGGACUGAACUUCCAGCAGUGAGCAGUGUCACAAAUCUACGUGUUCUUGAAACAACAGGAAAUAUUGUCCGGCUUGGCUGGACAGGGGUAACUGGUGCGACAGCAUAUCGCAUUCAGAUCACAAACUCUGAAGAUGGUUCAGAAGUCACAAAACGUAUCUCUGGGGAUCAAACGACCUUUGACCUAGAGGACCUGCAGAGUGGUGUGUCCUAUGUGAUCAAAUUAACAGCCAUAGUGGGAAAUCGAGAGAGCAAACCAGUCACUAUCACUGUUCGUGCAGAUCUGGUGGAUGUGGGGGGUGUCUCUGAUCUUCGAGUCCUCAGCCUGCAAGGUAGCAGAGUCAGGCUCAUAUGGAAUGGGGUCUCUGGGGCUACUGGUUAUAAGAUUAUCAUCCGCAACACACAAGAUGGGUCUGAGCUGACGCGCCAGGUAUCUGGAUCCCAGAGUUCUUUCGACAUUGAAAACAUCUCACCAGGAGUGACCUACAACAUUAGGGUUAUCACACUAGUGGGGAACAAAGAGGGAAACCCAGUGAGCGUCACUUUCAAGACAGAAGAAGUAACAGUUCCAGCGGUCACCAAUGUGAGAAUUGUUGAAACUGGAAGCUCUCGAAUCCGUGUUGCAUGGACUGGUGUCUCACAGGCAACAGGGUACAAGGUCACAUGGAGAACAAGUGGCGGAAGAGAGGCAUCUCGAGUGGUCCCUGGCAAUAUCACCUCCUAUGACAUUGAGGGUUUGCAAGAGGAUUUGGGAUACACAAUUGGGGUGUCCACUCUUAUUGGUACACGGGAAAGCCCACCUCAGACAGUAAACACCAGGACAGAAGCCACGACUGUGGGUGAAGUCUCCAAUCUCAGAGUCACAGACACAAGCAGCAGCAAGAUCGAAAUCGCAUGGAGUGGUGUUGCUAGAGCAACAGGAUACCGGGUCAGCUGGAGGCAGAGCAAUGGGCGAGAAGUGUCUCGCAUCGUCGCUGGUGGCAUCAAGUCUUACACGAUCGAAGGUCUGCAGCCAGACUCUGCCUUUUUCAUCAGCGUGUCUGCACUCGCUGGAAGCAGAGAGGGCCGCCCUGUGACCGUCUCUGCCAGGACUGCUCCUGAUGUUGCUGUUGGGAAAGUCAGUGAUCUACAGGUUCUUGACACUGAAAGCAAGAGCAUUCGCAUCAGGUGGAGUGCGGUUCCCAGGGCCACAAGUUACCGAAUCACCUGGAGGCAGUCUGACGGGGCUGAAGCUUCCAGGACUGUCUCUGGUGACAUUACGUCCUUUGAUAUUGACAACUUACAGGAGGACACUACCUACAGCAUCAAGGUUUCUGCCUUGGUGGGCUCAAGAGAAGGGAGUCCUUCCACUGUGGAGGCAAAAACAGAGCCCGAAAUAAAAACUGUCACCAACCUGAGGAUAGUUGAAACCCGCCCAAAUCUCAUUCGUGUUACAUGGUCGACAUUUCCACGUGCUACUGGAUAUCGAAUCUCAUGGAGACGAAGUGGCGGUGCUGAAGUAACCCGUGUUGUCAGCAGCGACACCACAACUUUUGACAUUGAGGGUCUGCAGGAAGAUUCUGCCUAUGUUGUCUCAGUAAGCCCAGUUAUUGGUAACAGAGUGGGGAGUCCUUCUACCAUAUCUGCCAGGACAGGCCCUGAACAGACUCAGGUGGGAACAGUAAGCCGCCUUCAGUUGGUGGAAUCCCGUAGUGACAUUAUUAGGGUAACAUGGGUUGGAGUUCAAGGUGCCACAUCUUACCGAGUUAUAUGGAGACGUUCUGAUGGUGGGCCAGAAUAUAGUCGCAUUGUGUCCAGUGAUGUUACUUCCUUUGACAUUAAAGAUCUGGAUGGAGGAGUCAACUAUACUGUUCGAGUCACUGCUCUGAUCCGGGACCGAGAAGGACCUCCUGUCUCCAUUAAUGUUAAAACACCUCCUGAGCUUCCAGCUGUUGGAAAAGUGGAAAGCGUGCAAGUGCUAGAAUCCUCUCAGAGACGGAUACGGAUUUCAUGGGGUCUACUAGCAGGAGUUACUGGCUAUCGUGUCUACUGGAAGUCCCUGGAAGGUGGACCAGAAACAAGCCGUCUUCUUGGAGGAAACGUGAACUCUUUUGAUGUGGAAGGCCUUCGUCCAGGAAGCCGCUACACUAUCCGCAUUGUAGCCCUUUCAGGGGACCGAGAAGGCGAACCUGUCGUAGUGACAGCCAGUGCUGCCCCUCUACAGUCAAUAAGUGAUCUGCGAGUGAAAGAAGUCUCAAAGAACACUGCACUGCUGUCCUGGAAUCUGGUACCAGGUGCCACCAGUUACCUCCUGAGCUGGAAGCAUCCUCAAGACCGUCAAGUAAUUCAGAGGAUUUCCUUGCCUGGGACGGUAUCUUCUCAUCUCGUGACGGGGUUGCGUCUGGCUCGCCUAUACUCUUUCUCUGUACAACCAGUUUUUGACUCGGAAUUUGGCCCUGAAACAUCCGUUCAGGAGAGAACAGCAUGUGGGGGUAUUCAGGCGGACAUCAUCUUUGUUGUUCAUGGGACCCGUGAGAAUGCUGUCAAUGUGGAAGCCAUCCGCAGUUUUGUCUACAAUGUAGCUGCAGCCUUCCCACAGCUUGGACCUGAUGCGGUACAGAUUGGUUUAGUGGUAUAUAGCUACCGAGGUCGGAGCUGGGCACUGUUGAACCAUCACACUGAGUCGAGCAGCUUCCUCCAAGAAGUCAGAGCCAUUCCCUUUGAUGAAGCUAGUGGAAACUCCAUAGGUGCUGCGUUAAAGUUCACCCAGGAAUACAUGCUUGAGGCCUCUGCUGGACGCAGAGCACGAGUGCCCGGGAUUGUCAUCGUGUUGGCUGAUGCAAAAUCAACGGACGAUGUUACUUCCUUUGCCAGAGACAUGAAAUCUGCUGGGCUUUACGUCUUGGCUGUGGGGACAGGACAAGCUGUCCAUGAGGAACUACUGAAGGUGGUGACUGACAAUAGCCCCACCAAUUUGCUCUUCACUCAGGACACAACAGAUCUCGGCAAACUGGAGACAGACCUGGCAGACAAGAUUUGCACUAUUAGUGCAAAUGGAGGUUCAGAGAUUCCAGGACCCAGACCAGAGCCAUGCACUGUGCAGUGUCCUAGGGGUGAGAAGGGCGAGGCAGGCGAGAAGGGAAAGAAGGGAAGGGAUGGAUUUAAUGGACCUAAAGGAGAACCUGGCCGAGAUGGUUUUCCAGGGAGGGAUGGCACACCUGGAGCUCCUGGACCCCCUGGAGAGCCUGGCAGGCCUGCAGAUGGUGGUCUUGGGGUCAAGGGAGAAAAGGGAGAUCAGGGCUUCGCUGGCCAGGCUGGCAUUCCUGGGACACCUGGUCGGUCUGGAAAUCCUGGACCUCCUGGGUUACCAGGAAGCCAAGGGCUUCCUGGAGUUCGAGGAGAUCCAGGAGAGUCAGGCUCACCAGGAUCAUCUGGUCCAAAGGGAGAGAAAGGCGAGCGGGGAGAGCCAGGUUUGGCCAGUGGAGGGACAAUUCCAGGACGAAAAGGAGAGCCAGGUGUUAAUGGAGUUCCGGGUUUCCCAGGAACACCGGGCAUUGACGGUGUUAAGGGAGACAUGGGGCCGCAGGGACCUCCUGGGCAGCCAGGACGGCCUGGAAAUCCUGGGAGCCAAGGCUUGUCAAUCAAGGGUGAAAGGGGUGAGAGGGGUGAGCCGGGACUUCCGGGUGUUGGCAGUGGAGUGGCAGUAAAGGGCGAACGUGGUGAUCCAGGAAUCCCUGGAAUAUCUGGGAAUCCGGGGCUAAGAGGUCCAACAGGUCUGCCAGGACUCAAGGGAGACAAGGGUGAUGCUGGCGAGGGCUUGCCAGGGCUACCUGGGCGUGCAGGAGAGCCUGGUGAUCGAGGUCCUCGUGGGCCUCCAGGGGAAGGUGGCACCAAGGGAGAACGUGGAUCACCAGCUGAGCGUGGAAGUCCAGGAGAAAGGGGAGAGAGAGGAGCGACUGGCCUUCCAGGAGUCAAGGGUGAGGCAGGCCAGUCUGGACCGGCUGGACCUCCUGGACUCAGGGGACCAUCUGGGCCUGCUGGAGAAUCAGGAGAAAAGGGUGAUGCUGGCUCUCCAGGGGAACCAGGAAAAACUAUCCCAGGGCCUUCUGGAAGCCGAGGAGAAAAGGGAGACAGAGGACUUCCAGGACCAGAAGGACCAAAGGGGACUAAAGGUGACCGUGGGGAGGCAGGUGAAAAAGGCUCUACAGGCUAUGGCAUUCCUGGACAAGCUGGGCCAAAAGGAGACCCUGGGGAAAGGGGUAACAUUGGACUCUCUGGAAAGCCAGGUCCCAAGGGUGAACCAGGAGAGCCAGGUGAAAAAGGGGAACCUGGCAAGGUCGGACCCCCUGGCCAGAUUGGACUGCGAGGCAAGGAGGGGGAGCGUGGAGACAAAGGAGAUGAAGGCACACCGGGAGAGCCAGGAUCCCCAGGAAAGCCAGGAGAGCGUGGCCUCAGGGGUUUACAAGGAGCUGCUGGCCGUCCUGGAGAAAAGGGGGAUUCUGGAGACCCUGGAGAAGAUGGACGAAAUGGCUCACCAGGACCGGGAGGGCCCAGAGGUGAAAAGGGAGAUCAGGGUCCCCCAGGACCACCAGGAAAAGUGAUUGACUUUGAGCGAGGAAUCCAGGGUGAAAAGGGAGAGAAGGGGGAUCCUGGAGAUCCUGGAGAGAGUGGAGCUAAAGGUUCCAAAGGGGACAUAGGACCCCCUGGGCCUGCUGGGGAGCGGGGUCUUGAAGGUCUAAGAGGGCCACCAGGCCAGAGGGGGGAUGCUGGUGACCGAGGAAGUCCAGGAGAAAAGGGUGAUCGUGGAUCCCCGGGUCUUGAUGGCAGGAAUGGGUUAGAUGGAAAGCCUGGUUCUCCUGGAUCCCCAGGGCUGCGGGGUGAUCAAGGAAAGCAAGGUGAUUCAGGCAGAGAUGGCCUGCCAGGUUUGAGAGGGGAGCAGGGACCGUCGGGGCCAGUGGGACCACCCGGAAUUCAAGGUUUGCCGGGUAAACCUGGAGAAGAUGGGAAGCCAGGAACUCCGGGAAAGAAUGGAGAAGAUGGGACUCCGGGUGAAGAUGGGAGAAAGGGAGAAAAAGGAGAUCCUGGAGCUACAGGGAGAGAUGGUCGAGAUGGAGUAAAGGGUGACAGAGGUGAACCAGGGCCAACAGGGUCUCAAGGUCCAGUUGGUCAGCCUGGAGUACCUGGGAACCCCGGGCCACCUGGACAGGUGGUAUAUGUGAAAGGUUUAGAACCAACAUCUGUUACUGGACCUCCAGGACCACCUGGACCCCCUGGCCCUUCGGGCACCCCUGGUGUUCGUGGAGAGACUGGAUUCAGGGGAGACCAAGGACCAGUGGGGUCCAAAGGAGACAGGGGUGACCCUGGGGAAGAUGGUAGACCUGGACAGCCAGGAACAUCAGUGGAUGUGAAGAGAGCUCUCUCCAGUUAUGGAAUAGAGAUUUCUGAUAUGCAAGUGGUGGUAGAGAAUUCAAAGAAGAAACCAUCUGUAGGAGAAACUGGUGCUCCAGGGCCCAGAGGAGAGAGGGGAGACAAAGGGGACAAGGGUGACUUCGGUGACCGUGGUCUACCUGGAAAGGAUGGUCAGUCAGGAUUUCCAGGAGAACGUGGACAGAAGGGGGACAAGGGUGACACAGGUGCUCCAGGACCAGCAGGAACCCCAGGACAUGCAGUUGGAGAACGUGGGAAAGACGGGCCCCCUGGUCCACCUGGAGAACCAGGAAAGCCUGGUAUCCCAGGGAUGCCAGGACGGCCUGGUGAACUGGGAGAAGCAGGCCGACCUGGAGACAAAGGAGAGCGGGGCAUAAAGGGUGACAAAGGAGAUUCUGGUAAAGAUGGUGCUCAAGGUCCUCCAGGUCCUCCUGGUCCAAUGACAGAAUCAACAGGGGUGUCUAUGCCAGGACCUCAAGGCGAGAAAGGUCAAUCUGGACUCCCAGGACAAAAGGGAGAGCCAGGAGUCCAAGGACCAUUUGGACCCAAAGGAGACAAGGGUGAGCACGGUUCUAGAGGAGAGAAAGGAGACAGGGGGGACGCUGGAGAAAAGGGCCGUGAUGGUUAUUCGGGACCCCCUGGAGAGCCUGGACCGCCAGGUGUAGAAGGUAAACCGGGUCAACCAGGCUUCCCCGGAGUAUUGGGCCGACCGGGAAAUCCUGGAGAAUCUGGAGGUCGUGGCCCACCAGGCCCAGUAGGACUAGUUGGGCCACAAGGCCCUCCAGGUCCAAAGGGGAAUCCAGGCGAGCAGGGCAUUGGAAUACAGGGACCACCAGGCCCCCAAGGUGUCAUAGGUCUUCCUGGACCAACUGGACCCCCGGGACCCAUAGGUCAGCAGGGAACUCCUGGAUUGUCCGGACAGGUGGGUGAGCCUGGAAAGCCUGGUGUCCCAGGAAGAGAUGGAACUCCAGGGAAGGAUGGCAAUGUUGGAUUACCUGGAAAGGAGGGUAUUGCUGGGCAAACUGGAAAUGUUGGUCCCAAAGGAGAGAAGGGAGAACGUGGUCCUGCUGGAGAGGCAGUAUUUGGCACUCCGGGGGCCAAAGGAGAAAAGGGUUCACCAGGUGUGGGGAUUCUAGGAAGUCCUGGCGAACGAGGUCUUCCUGGGGACCAGGGUGUCAAAGGAGAAAGAGGCCCACAAGGACCAAAAGGAGAAAGGGGUGAAUCCGGAGAAGAUGGUGAACCAGGGGAAGAUGGUGCUAAAGGACAGGCUGGUCCAAAGGGUGACAAAGGUGAACAAGGAGUUGGCGUCCCAGGUCCUCCAGGCCAACCUGGACCCACAGGGCUCAAGGGUGAUUCGGGUUUGCCUGGACCUCUAGGACCCCCUGGACCUCAGGGCAUUGCAGGUACCCCCGGUUUGGCAGGUAUUAGAGGAGAGAAUGGUGUACAAGGACCACCAGGACCAGGGGGAGAAAGAGGUUUACCAGGAUUUCCAGGGCGGGAUGGAAACCCAGGGGCACCAGGAACCCCUGGACCUCAAGGAAUGGCGGGCUCUCCAGGACAAGCAGGGAGCAAAGGAGACAAGGGUGAUGCGGGUAUCGGACAGACUGGGCCCAGAGGAGAGCGUGGAGACCAGGGACUACGGGGAGAAGAUGGACGACCUGGCCCCUCAGGAGAGAGGGGACCAUUGGGCCCCCCAGGAAACCGUGGAGAAAGAGGAGACAAAGGGGAAUCUGGACCCAUGGGAGAAAAAGGAGAUAAGGGUGAUACUUUGACAGUGCCAGGGCCCAUGGGAACCAAAGGAAACAAGGGAGAAAAUGGUGAUCGUGGCCCCAAAGGCUUACAGGGAGACAAGGGAUCUAAAGGGGAAGAAGGACCAGCAGGACAACAGGGUCCAAAGGGGGAACAGGGAGAGAGAGGUGCCCCUGGGUUUCAAGGGGCAAGAGGGCCCGGUGGUCAGAAGGGUGAAGCUGGAGAGCCUGGGGUUCCAGGAGAGUCUGGCAUGCCUGGAAAGGAUGGUUUACCGGGAAUGAAAGCUGACAAGGGAGAAAUGGGCAUAGUUGGCCUUCGGGGCCCAAAGGGUGACAAGGGUUUCAAAGGUGCCUGUGGAAAAGAUGGAAUGAAAGGAGAAAAGGGAGACGCUGGUGUUUUUGGAAGACCUGGCCUACCUGGUAGAAAAGGAGAUCUGGGUGAAGCUGGCACUCCUGGUCUGCCUGGAACCCCAGGGAAAGAAGGUCUGAUUGGCGUCAAGGGUGACAGAGGAUUCAAUGGGGUCCCAGGACUGAAGGGAGAACAAGGAGAGAAAGGAGAGCGGGGUCCACCGGGUAUUCCUGGCCCUCCUGGGCCUAGAGGUAAUGAUGGACUCCCAGGGCUAACUGGUUCACAGGGAUCUAUGGGUCUCCGAGGUCCAGAAGGUCUCCAAGGACAGAAGGGAGAAAGAGGCCCUCCGGGUCCAUCAGUAACAGGGCCAAAUGGAGUCCCAGGAAUUUCAGGAGAAAGAGGAGAGCAGGGGGAUUCUGGCCCUGAUGGACAAAAAGGUGACAAAGGAGAACCUGGCUUAACGGAGGAUGAGAUUCGUUCAUACGUCCGGACAGAGAUGAGCCAGCACUGCGGUGAGUUUGACCCAUUUUAGAUAAACAGAGGAGGGAAGAGUUGGGAAGUUGAAAAUG